AUGCUCUACCAUCCAGCCAAGAUGCCUGCAUUUUCCAGGGAGAUACUGCGGCGCAAGAUCUCAGUCGUUGUGGUGACAUAUCCCGCCACACCCUUGGAGCUUUCCCGCGCACGACUGUGUGUGUCGGCUGCGCAUACUAAGGACGAUCUUGAUCGAGUGGUGAAAGCCUGCGAAGAAGUUAGAGAAGCGCUGCGAUUGAAGUUCUCUUCGGGAAUGGCAGGCGGGCUGAGAGAGCCCAAGACAAGCGGCUCAAUGGCUGCGGGCAGAAAUGGAAAUGAGGCUCCGCGCUGGACCUUGACGGAGGUAAUCGAGAGAGGAACCAAGGAUGCGAAAUUGACUUUAUACUGA